GUGUCACCUACAGCAGAAUGACAUUCACAUUCGCAUCGUCGUAACCAACCGUGGAUCAAAUCAAGGAAGUUUUCUGUUUAUCUGUUUACAUUUCAUUGUAUAUAGAAUAUUUAAAAUUCUGUUCAGUGGUGUAGAUUCCACAACAUCUUGAAAUGUUCCGGGAUAUCGGCUGAUAAAAAGACGGACAGUAUAAGCCAACAGAAAUUUAUUAAAAAUGAAUCUUCAAACUCUAUUUCAAGACUUCAAUCCGAGUAAAUUCUUGGUGCACACAUGCCUUAUGAUAUUUACUGCAUUAUUUGCAUUAAGACUUGAUAACACCAUCAAUUGGAGUUAUUGGACAGUGUUUGCUCCAAUAUGGUUUUGGAAGUUUAUGGUUGUUGCUGGAGCAACAGUAGGAAGUUACGUUUGGUCAAGAUAUCCUUUGUCCCGCUUAGAGGGGGAGGCAUAUGUCCACUACAAGGCAAUGCUCAUCAGCUUAGCCUUGCACUUGGUUCUAAUGAUGUUUGAACUUCUGGUUUGCGACAAACUAGAAACCGAUCGCCACCUCUGGAUCCUUGUAUUCAUUCCUUUGAUCUUUAUAUCUAUUGUCUCAAUUGCUGUCUGCAUUUGGGCAGCAAAGCAUGAUCGUUCUUUUGAGUUGGAGCUUUUUUGUGCAGUUAAUAUUCUCCAGUUCAUAUUUCUUGCCCUCCGCCUGGAUGGAUUUAUUUCCUGGAGUUGGGAGGUGGUUUUUGUACCUCUCUGGAUUGUCAUGUGUUUGUCACUUGUUGGUGUGUUGUACUCUAUUAUUUUUGCAAGUAUUUUGCUCCGCACACCAGAGGUCAAUGCUCAGCAACGGCGCUCUUCCUUUAAUUCUGCUCUCAGUUACACCUGUUUAGUGUUGCCUAUCCUAAUAUUUCAAGUGCUGCUUACAAAUAAAUUGGAUGAAGAUAUCUCUAUAAGCUUCUUGGCAGUUGUGUCACCACUCUUUAUCACUUUUAUUACUCUCAUUCUUAUGUCAUUUGGGUCCAAAGGUGGAAACAAAUGGUGGUUUGGAAUUCGAAAGGAUUUCUGUGUAUUUCUCCUUGGUCUCUGCCCUUUUCUUCAAGAAUAUGCUAAUAUUGCAUAUAAUUCUCAUCAUGUUGAUGAUAGGGAUCGUACCGGUGGAGGAGGAGAUUCCUCUGCUACAACGCCAGCUCCAACUCCUCCUGCAUAUGAACUCAGAGAUAAGGCACAAAAAAGGACAAACAAAAGAAACGACUUAUUGAAACCAGUUGUGCCAUUUAUCUCAAUAGAUAUGCCUGAUUGAUCAGUUGAUUAACUAAUGUUAACCACUCAAUCAUCCAUGUUUGUUGUCCUUUUUCCUUUCCAAAUUUUGUAAAUGUAAUGUUAAAGUACAAUUUUGGUACUUGUGCCAAUUGUGAUUGCAUGCUGAUUAUAGCGUAGGCAUGAAAUUUAUGUGAUAUGUAAACCAUUUGUUUGAUGGUUCCUUUUUAGCAGCCCUUAUACAGAAUCUAAUCUUAUUUAAGUUCAAGUGGAUUUUUCUCUGGUCUAGAAUGACAUUUGACAUUUAUGAAAUGCGGGUUUAAAGCUACCAACUUGGCACUGACACUUAAAGAAUUUAAAUAGAACUCUGAGGUGUAUAAUGAAGUCUUGGAAAAGGGCCUUUUCUCAAGAUGAUGCUAAAUGACUUCCUAGUGAGAUAUAGAUUUAUUUAUGAAACACUCAUCUAACUAGAUCAUAAGACAUUUUUAAUUCUUUCAACAGGCUAUGUUUAUUGAAACCUUUAUUUUUAGAUUUUAGCGUUGUUACUUGAAACCUAUGCCUAUGCGUAGGAUACCAAUGACUUUACUUCUAUGAUUUCUAGGGUACCAUGAUUUGCCUUAAUGUACAAAUGAACUAGAUUGGUUUUAGGGAAUUUCAGUAAAAUGUUAUCACCUUGAUUAUUUUCUUCUUCUUUGCUGCUGCUCGAUGGAAGAGCGUCAGCCAAGGCCUGUGUUCUUGUCAUGCACAAAUUUUAAAAUCUAAUUUUGUUGUAUCCCUACUCAAACGAGUUGGGUAAUUUUAUUUGGAACCAAUAACAUUAAUGUUUCUAAGAGGCAUGACAUAUUUUUGUGUGUUUUAGGGGAUAGCCUCAAACUCUAUUGUGAAAACGGAUGCAACAUCCAAUUGAAGACUGCUUAAAGUACAUCUCAUGAUAGUAGGUUUAUAAAAAUCAAUCAAUUUAAUAUAGACCAACUUAUAGAUUAUUAUGAAAGAUGUUUUACUUCCUUGGUUGAUUGCAUGUUAAAAAUUUGUGUGUUCUGUUGACGUUGCUGUGUGUACUUGCCUUAAUUGUUAUCAGAUUUAAUUUUAUUGUCUUAAGAAUCUUGUCAACAUUAACUGAGUAUUAAAAAAUGAUGGUAUUCUCCUGUC